AUGGCUGAUCAGCAACCUAGCAUCACCUCUAUUCUAGCUGCUCUAGCAGCGCAAAGACCCCCCAAUGGGAUCCCUCAAAAUCAGCAGCCUGUCUACCACCAAGCCCCUCCCCAACCGCAUGCGUCGCAAAACCCCUACCCACCCCAGGGCGGAUAUUCGCUGCCACAGCCUACCAGCUCAGGAAGUGUGGAUUUGAGUAAUGUCAAGCCAGUGAAUUCAGGCGUAGUUAGCAUUGCCGAUGCAAUUGCAAAGGCGAAGGCUAUCGCCGCUGAGAAAGGCGUCGCAUACGAGCGACCCCCUUCCUACAGUGGUCAAGACUCACGCGCUCCCGGGGGACGACCAUAUCUUGCAUCAAGAUCUCGAUCGCGUUCUCCACCCGUGCGUCGGGAAGCCUUCCGCGAUAACUUCAACCCAUAUCGAGAUGAACGACGAGGAGACCGAGCCCCUGCAAUGCGAGACUAUCGUGAGCGAUCAUUCUCUCCUGGACCAAGAGGUAGGGCCGCUGCUGGUGCCUUCUCCCCCCCACAAGGCAACAGUGGAUAUACUCGUCAGCGCUCGCCGCCGCGUGGUGGAGAUGAGAAUGUUGAAUCCAUUUCCAUCGAAUCAAAUUUGGUUGGCCUAAUUAUUGGUAGACAGGGCGAGAAUCUCAGGCGCGUUGAGUCGGAAACUGGGUGUAGAGUGCAAUUUAUCACUGGCCCCGAUGAAACUGGCCCAUACAGGGAAUGCAAGAUUACCGGGCCUCGAGCCCGCCGCGCUGAUGCGAAAGCUGAAAUCAAUCGCAUUAUCAAUGACAGUGGCUUGGCCGGCACUGCAAAUCCAACUUCAGAUAGACAGUCUCGUGAGCCUCCAGCAGCGCGCUCUGCACACCAGCCUGUUCUUAGAGAUGGUGAGGAUAGCAUGCAAAUUAUGGUACCUGAUAAAACUGUCGGUCUCAUCAUUGGUCGAGGCGGCGAGACAAUUAGGGAUCUUCAAGAACGCAGUGGCUGUCACGUAAAUAUUGUUGGUGAACAAAAGAGUGUGAAUGGCCUUCGGCCAGUGAACUUGAUCGGCUCCCGCGAGGCAGCUAAUGUUGCUAAGGAGAUGAUUAUGGAAAUUGUCGAGAGCGACAGCAAAUCCACAGCAACCAAAGAACGAGCUCCUGCUCAAAGAGAUCCCGGAAGAGAUGCUGGCUAUAGCGGCGGCCAUGGUGGAGGUGGUGGAGGGGGCGGUGGAGACAAAAUCACCGAUUCCAUCUACGUGCCCUCUGAAGCUGUAGGCAUGAUUAUUGGUAAAGGUGGAGAAACCAUCAAGGAAAUGCAAAACACCACAGGUUGCAAGAUAAACGUAUCCCCUUCUUCAGGACCGGGCGAGAGUGAACGCGAGAUUGGGCUCGUAGGAUCUCGGGAAGCUAUUGCCGCCGCUAAAAGCGCCAUUGAAGAUAAAGUAGACGCAGUGGCACAAAAGAACGGUGGAGGUGGAGGCGGCCGUAACCGUGCUUCGCAUAACGACUACAGUGAUAGGAGUUACUCGCAGCAGCAACAGAACCAACCCCAGGCAGCAAAUCCGCAAGCACAGGCUGGUUCAAUGGCAGGGUCAGGUGCUGGUGCUGUUGAUCCAUAUGCAGCCUAUGGCGGAUAUGAAAAUUAUGUUGCCCUUUGGUAUCAAGCAACAGCGGCUCAACAACAACAACAACAAGCAGGCCAACAGCAGGGCGACCCAACAUCGUGA